GGGAUUCAUAUCCGUGCCGGAUUAAAAGUACAUCAAGGAAUAACUUGCGCACUGACUGAACAUUAUAAGAAUAAAAUGGCGGGGUCGCUGUCUUCACCUUCAAAUGAGAAGAUGAGUCUAAGUGCCAAUGAACUGUCAGAAUUCUUUGCCAUGUGGGAGGAAUUUAACUUCACCAAUGACAACGAAAACAUAUCACUGGUGGAAACACACCAGUGCCUAACUUCCUUUAAUCGUUCUGCUCUCCUUAAUGUAAUGUGCACCCUCUACGCCUUCAUUUUUAUUGUGGGCCUUGCCGCCAACGCACUGGUAGUGUGGGUCAACCUGCGCUCACAGCGUCAUUAUCACGAAACACAUUUGUAUAUCCUAAACCUGGCAGUGGCUGACUUGUGUGUGGUAGCUACUCUACCCGUGUGGAUAAGCUCGCUGGCACAGGGUGGUCACUGGCCAUUUGGUCAGGUGGCUUGCAAGCUAACACAUCUUCUCUUCAGCGUCAACCUGUUCGCUAGCAUCUUUUUCUUGGCUUGCAUGAGCGUGGACCGGUAUGUUUCAGUAGUGCGCACGGGGGAGAUAUCUCACAGAUGGGGACGGCGAAUACGUCGUUUGGUGUGUGCCGCAACAUGGCUCCUUGCUCUGUUCGCGUCACUACCGGACACAUACUUCCUGCAGUCGGUGAAGUCACUACAUGGUCAUGCGACUUUGUGUCGCCCUGAGUAUCCAGAGGACAACCCUUUGGAGUGGAUGGUGGGCAUUCAGUUGAGUUUUGUGGUUUUAGGUUUCGCAAUCCCUUUCCCCAUUAUAGCGGUGUCUUACGCCCUACUGGCAAAAACUCUGGCGUCCUCUUCCUCCUCUAAUUCCCCUUCAAAUGAAGACCAGGAUCGCAGCGUCAGCAGGAAGGUCAUCCUCACUUACAUUGUGGUCUUCAUAGCUUGCUGGGCACCAUAUCAUAGCGUGCUCCUAGCCGACGCUCUGGUCAUGUUAGGAGUGCUUCCUAUGGGCUGCAGUGCGGAGAACUCUCUCUUCAUUGCACUGAACCUCACGCAGUGCCUGUCUUUGCUACACUGCUGUGUAAACCCUGUGGUCUACAGCUUCGCUCAUCGUCAUUACCGAUACGACCUCAUGAAGGCCUUCAUCUUCAAAUACUCCACUCGUACCGGGCUGACACGUCUGAUAGAGGGCUCUCAGGGCACCGAGACGGAGUACGCGGUGGUGGAGAAUACCCCUACAGCGCUGAGCUAGGACCUUGGGGACCUUCACCCUCCACCACCAAAGUUCUGCACUGCUUCAAUUAUGACCUCACCUGACAUGUUUCAGAUCUGGUCUUCCAGAUAAACAACACUGAAUUAGAACUGAAUGUUUUUCAUCAUAGGUCUAAAUGGUCAACGUUGGUCUCGAAGACGUUGAUAGCUCUUGAGCUUUGGAAUAUCUCCAAACACAGUUACGCAGGAAUGUACCAAAGACAGAUGGGAUCUUAUUUUAACCUCAGAGCCAUGAGCAUCAAUCCAAAUUGCCAGCAGGCUUUACAAUGUGUUUAACCAAGUUUAAGAAAACUUGCUACAAAACUUGGUUUAAGGUUACAGUGUGUUACAGUUUGAUGCUGUAUCGUUCAAGGAUGGCUGGCACAUCUGACAUACCAUAAUCAGAACUAAUAAUAACAUUUCAGAAAUGUGUUGAAUUUGGACAAGAACCUCUAAACAUUUCAAGUUAUAGAGUAUACAAGAAUUUUAAGUUUAUCCAAAAGUGUCUUACUUCUAAAAAAAUACCACAUUUUAUAAAGUUUAUAGAAACUAAUGUUUAAAGAUUUUGAUGUGUUACCAAACAUAUCUCGCCAAUGUAGUGAUACAGUUGUCAAUAUUUAGAUGUGGCUGACUUGCUACAUUUGGGUCAAAAAGUGACAAACACCUGGGGGUUAAAUUAACCCAGAAAAUGUUUUGAAAAUUUGACCCAACAAUGGAUGAGGUUGAAUUACAACCCAACUGGUUGGUUUUGUCCUAACGCUGGGUUAAUAAUAAACCAGCUUUUUUGAGUGUAUUCUGCUUUUUAGAGAGAGGGUUACAUUUUAAGAGUGUUGCUCAAAGCACUUUCUUUGUUUUUUUUUGUUUAUUCUUUGUGGCAUGGCAUUUGGCAUUACUUUGUGUUUUAAAACAAUGUCCACAUAUUCUCUACAACAACUUGUUACAACAUUUGUAAAUGAUACAACCAUCUGGGUAUUUGCAAAGAGCAUAUUUUCAACUGGAUUUGAAUGAAGGAAUGUGUUUUUACAUGCAACUGUAAGUGUUUGUUUAUACGUCAUAGUUUUUUUUUUGUGUGAAUGAAGUUUUAUAACUGGCUUUCAUCUUGUAACAGCCCCUCUUAUGUGUGUACAUAAAAGGGUAAGGCUACUAUGUCAUUAAUAGAUGUGUAUAUUUAGAUUUAAUUAAGGUAACUAAAAUUCAUUGCUGUAUUUAUCUUUUAUUUCAUCAUAUAUUUUUGUUAUUAAACUCUGAUGGGACAUUGAAAACGUAGUAAAAUAAAUAUUUUCUUGAAUU